CUUGGGAGCAAAGGUAAUAGUUAUGGGGAGGGGAUGAGAACUGAGCAAAGGGAGAUCGAUAUCUAAUGAGAUAAAAAAAACAUUUUGUCUCCUAAGAGAGAUGGUGACAAUGAUUGAAAGAGAUUAGAAACAGAGCUCCGAGGAAGAACAGAGAAAGUCACAACAGAAGAAAGAACUCGGAGCAACCCAAACUGUGCCAGCUGUAUUGAAGUGGAGGUCGGAAUAUCUAUCACACAUAAAUAGAAAUAAUCAUGGAGAAUGUGGGACUUGGGUCACAGGUCAACAUCAUUAGAAGUAAGAGAGUUCUGAUUGGAAAAAAUGUCUCACCAGCAGAUAUUCUAAUUGGAGAUGGCAAGAUUAUUAGCAUUGAUCCCUGGGGAAAGCAACAGCCAGCAAAAGGAUCACAGCUCCUGGAUGUUGGGAACCUUGUGGUCAUGCCUGGAGUCAUUGAUUCCCAUGUACAUGUCAAUGAGCCGGGACGCACUGACUGGGAAGGAUUCCACACUGCCACGCGGGCUGCGGCUGCCGGAGGCAUAACAACAAUCGUAGACAUGCCACUCAAUAGUCUCCCACCCACCACUUCUGUGAGUAAUUUUCACAUCAAACGGAAGGCUGCUGAGGGCCAGUGCUUUGUGGAUGUAGCAUUUUGGGGUGGAAUAAUUCCGAAUAACCAGGUGGAGAUAUUACCUAUGCUACAUGCUGGUGUUGCUGGAUUCAAAUGUUUCCUAAUCUCCAGUGGGGUACCAGAGUUCCCCCAUGUCAGUCUAAUGGAUCUGCACACAGCCAUGCCGGAGCUGCAAGGCACCAACAGUGUGCUUCUGUUUCAUGCUGAACUUGAUGACCCCAAGAGAGAUACAGUCAUCGGAGACCAUGUGCUUUAUAAAACAUUCCUCGAUUCUCGCCCUGACCAGAUGGAAGUUGCUGCAGUUGAAGCAGUGGUCUGUCUUUGUCUGGAAUACAAAGUACGCUGCCAUAUUGUGCACCUAUCCUCAGCGAAAUCGCUUCCGAUUAUCAGAAAAGCAAAAAUGGCCGGAGCACCGAUCACAGUGGAGACUACCCACCAUUAUCUAUCUCUAACUGCUGAGUACAUUCCUCCAGGGGCCACAUAUUACAAGUGCUGCCCCCCCAUAAGGGAUCAUAACAACAAGGAGGCACUGUGGAGGGCUCUUCAACAGGGAGACAUAGACAUGGUUGUGUCUGAUCAUUCACCCUGCACUCCAGAUCUUAAACUCCUGCAGGAUGGAGAUUUUAUGGAUGCUUGGGGGGGAAUAUCCUCUUUACAGCUCGGGCUGUCUCUUUUCUGGAGCUCCGCAAGAGGCCGAGGAUUCACUGUGUCCGAUGUGUCGCAGUUGUUGAGCAGUAAUCCAGCCAAACUGUGCAGCUUGGACAAUUGUAAGGGGUCUAUUAAAAUUGGAUAUGACGCGGACUUUGUUAUCUGGGAUCCGGACAAAGAAUAUCAGGUGCAGGAAUCAAGGCUUCACCACAAGAAUAAGCUUACCCCCUACCUGGGAUUCAGGCUAUGGGGAGACAUUGUUGCAACUCUUGUUCGAGGAAUUCUCGUAUAUCACAAAGGGAGGCACUACCCACGAGCUUGUGGAAAACCUGUCCUUCUCCGCACAAUAAGUCCACCGGAGCCUAGUGCACCGUAUUACUGAGCCUUCUAUUUUUAAAUCUAUAGAUUGCACCCUACUAAUAAUUACCACAAGUAUUUAAAAAAAAAGAAUAAAUCUUACUUGAAGUGUCUUCUUUCAAUGGUAACCACCCAAUUAGAGACCAUUUCUGAUUACUUCAAUAAAUUUACACAAAUA